CGCGGGCUGCGGGUAGCCGGCUGGAGACUCCACGGGAGCGCGGCCGGGCGGCCUCGCCCGGAGCGGGCCCGGCGCCUCCCGAGCAGGCCGGGCUCUCCACGGAGGACGGGGCGAGGGCUUCUUCCUCCGGCCAGGGAAAGCAGAGAGUAUGAAAGCCUACCUAAAGAGCGCAGAAGGCUUUUUUGUCCUGAAUAAAAGUACUACGAUUGGAAGGCAUGAAGAUUCAGACCUUGUUUUAGAGUCUGCGGACAUCGACAACCAUCACGCGCUCAUUGAAUACAAUGAGGCCGAGGGCACCUUCGUUCUCCAGGACUUCAACACCCACAACGGCACCUUCGUCAACGAGUGCCACAUUCAGAACGUGGCUGUGAAGCUCUUACCCGGAGACAUCCUGAGGUUUGGAACUGGAGGGCUGACCUACGAACUGGUCAUCGAAAACCCAGCCUCGGUCUCCUUCCCAUGGGUGAGGGGCCCAGCACCUUGGCCAAGGCCACAGCCACCUCGGGCCAUGCAGCAACCGAACCAGUCACCCUCACCACCACAGAUCCCCUUGCACCCGGGCGUCCGGCCAGCGCCAGUGCAGAGGAGCUGGUCCCAGGGGUUUCCCAGGCCCACCAGGGUGCCGCCUGCCUCCCACAAGCGGCCCAUGAGUGCCAGCGGGAAGAUGUUCUCCUUUGUGAUGGACAGCGCCACCCGCAGGGUUCCCAUCGUCAAGCAAGUAUGGACCAAUGCCGUGGAACUGGCCGAACAAUCAGUGGCAGAGGAAACUCCCGGGGCAGGAUCCUCCAGAGAGAUUUUCGUGGACCAGGACCUGGCCCAGCAGGAUAAGGAUGAAAUAAUUCUGCUGCUGGGAAAAGAAGUCAGCCGUCUCUCGGAUUUUGAACUUGAAUCCAAGUACAAAGACACCGUGAUAGCAAGCCUGCAGAACGAAGUGGCCAACCUGAGCCAGAAGCUGUCGGAAACAGCCACCUCCAGACAGAACGAGAGGCUGAUCCCGCCCAAGUUUCAGGUUCUGGAUGAAGACGACGAUGCCCAACAGAGAGAGAUCCAGAGCUUGAAAAACCAGAUCAGUGCCCUACAGCAAGGCUACAGCCAGGUGCUGUGCCAGACCCUGUCUGAGAGGAACUUAGAAAUCACAUCCCUGAAGAAUGAGGGCGAGAACUUAAGGAGGGAUCAUGCCAUCACAUCAGAGAUGGUGUCAUCUUUGCAAAGAGAUGUGUUAGUAAAGGAUGAGCAAGUUCAACAACUAAAACAGGAGGUGAAUCAACUAAAAAGUGAGAACAAAGAAAAGGAUCACCAGCUCGAAGCCCUCAGCUCCAGAUGCUCAGUGCUGAAAGAAGAGUUAAAGAAGGAAGACGCCCAGAAGGAGCACCGGGAAGCCCAAGAGAAAGAGCUAAAACUCUACAAAACCCAAAUGCACGACAUGGAGAAAGAAAUGAGGAAGCUCAGGGAGGAGCUGAAGAGGAGCAGUACCGAGCAGAGCCUGAUCUCUAAGACGCUGCGGGAAAAGAGCAAGGUUGAAGAGAAGCUUCAGGAGGAUUCCAGAAGGAAAUUGCUUCAACUGCAAGAAAUGGGGAACAGAGAAAACCUCAUUAAAGCCAAUUUGGAAAGGGCCGUAGGUCAGCUGGAGCAUUUCAGAAGCCAGGUCAUCAAGGCCACCUACGGACGAACAAAGCCCUUCCAGGACAAACCCGUCUCUGAUCAGCAGUUAAUAGAGAAGAUCACCCAGGUCACCGAGGACAACAUCAACUUUCAGCAGAAAAAGUGGACCCUGCAGAAGGAAACCCACCUCAGCAACUCCAAACAGGAGGAAAUCUCAGAGGACAUUGAGAAGCUGAAGACAUCCUUAGACAGCUGCCAGGCUUGCAUGAAAAUGUCUUGCUGUAGCAACGACCUGAAGAAGGAGGUGGACCUCCUGCAGCACCUGCAGGUGAGCCCACCUGUGUCGGGGCUCCAGAAGGUGGCGCUGGACAUCCUGCACCUGUCGCUGUCCUGGCUGGAGGAAACGGAGCACCUCCUCCGCAACGUGGGCGUCCAGUUCUCCAGCUCCGACAAAGAUCCAAAUCAGCAGUUCUCAGGAAACUCAGCAGGCUUUGCUGCAAGAAAAGUUGCGGGAGCAUCUGGCAGAGAAGGAGAAGCUGAGCGAGGAAAGGAUACAGCAGGAAGAGAAGCUGAAAGCCAGAGUCAGGCAGCUGAUGGAAGAGAAGGCGGUAAGGCUUUGGAGGAAAGCAUUACUCAAGAAAAAAACAGAGCAAAAGAAGCAUUAGAGGAAGAACAGAAGAGAGUUCAAGAGCUGGAGAAUCGCUUAACCCGCCAGAAGAAGGCUUCAGAGGAAACCAUUUCUCAGGAGAAAAACAGAGCGAAGGUAGCAUUAGAAGAAGAACAGAGCAAAGUCCAAGAGCUGGAGAAUCGCUUAACCCGCCAGAAGGAGGUUUUGGAGAGCAGCAUUGCCCAUGAGAAGAGAAAAGCCAAGGAAGCCAUAGAGACGGAAAAGAGAAAAGUGCAAGAUCUGGAGAACCACCUAAGCCAGCAGAAGGAGAUUUCAGAGAGCAGCAUCGCCUACGAGAAACACAAAGCGAAGGAGGCCAUAGAGAAGGAGAAGAAAAAAGUGCAAGAUCUGGAGAACCACAUAACCAAGCAGAAGGAGGAAAUAGAUUUUAAAAUGCAAAAAGAAGACAUUUUAAAUAAUAAAUUAAAUGAUGCACUGGCCAUGGUAGAAAAGACUCAGAAAACAAAGACGGCUGAAAGUCUAAAAGCAGAGAGCCUCACCAUGAAAUUAAAUGAAACAUUAGCUGAACUGGAAACUGCCAAGACAAAAAUGAUCAUGAUGGAGGAGCGGUUGCAGCUGCAACAGCACACAGUAAGGGCCCUCCAAGAAGAGCAGGCAUCGCAGAAGCACGGGUUUGAAAAACAAAUCAUGGAAUACAAGGAGCAAAUCAAACAGCACUCCCAGACCAUCGUGAGUCUCGAAGAGAGACUCCAGAAAGUGACCGAACACCAUAAAAAAAUAGAAGGAGAGAUUGCAACACUGAAGGACAAUGACCCAGCCCAGGAGGGGGAAACACAGCAAGACCCAGCAGCAGCACGUGCGGUGGAGAGCUCCAGCAAAGACGCGGUGUGCGACCGCCUGAUAGAGGAGUUAUGGACUGCUCAGAAGGAAAUCCUGUCUCAGCAGGAGAUCAUCAUGAGGUUAAGGAAGAACCUUACGGAAGCCCAUAGCCGAAUGUCAGAUUUGAGAGGGGAGCUGAAUGAGAAGCAGAAGGUGGAACUGGAGCGGAACGUGGCACUGGUGCAGCAGCAGAGCAGCGAGCUGAGUGUGCUCAAGGAAAGGAUGGCGCAGAUGACCAGCCUGGUGGAGAAGAAGGACAAGGAGCUGGAGGUCCUCAAGCAGGCGCUCAGGACUUCCCAAGAGAAACACAGACUCCAGCUGCACAAGGAGAAGGAACAGAAGCCCAGGAACACGACCCAGAUGUGUGACAUCUCGGUGCAGAUAGAACCAGUCCACAAUGAUGUUUUCUUGAGCAGCCAGGAGGAGCAGUCCUUCAGUGAUCUAGGGGCCAAGUGCAAGGGGUCGCGACACGAGGAAGUCAUUCAGCGUCAAAAAAAGGCCUUAUCUGAGCUUCGUGCACGAAUUAAAGAACUUGAGAAGGCCAGCUCAUCAAAUCAUAAGAACCACAUGGAUGAAUCAAUUCUAGACUUAAAGACUCUCAGGAUGGAAAAAAAUGUCCAGAAAAUAUUGGAUGUAAAACCUGACUUGCCAACUUUCUCAAGAGUAGAGAUCCGAGUGCCUCAAAAGGGCCUUUCCAGUCCAGGGUCCAUCACGGCCACUGAGAAUUUAGGGAAAACGGAUGUGGCUGAGGCUUUAGAUCUUAGUGAAAAGCUGUACAUGGAUAUGAGCAAAACCCUCGGGAGUCUGAUGAACAUCAAAGACAUGUCAGGUCACGUGUCCAUGAAACACCUCUCCCCAAAAGAGAGGGAGAGAGUCAACCAGCUUCGACAAAGAGACCUCGAUCUGGUGUUUGAUAAGAUCACCCAACUCAAGAACCGGCUGGAGAGAAAAGAGGAGCUUCUGAGAGGAUACGAGAAAGACAUUGAACAGCUCAGGCAGAGCAAAGUGUCGGUUCAGAUGUACCAGUCACAGGUGGCAAAGCUGGAAGACGACAUCUACAAAGAGGCCGAAGAAAAGGCGCUGCUGAAGGAGGCCCUGGAACGCAUGGAGCAGCGGCUGCACCAGGAGAAGAGGGUCAACCGGGCGAUCAGGCAGCAGAAGGUUGGAGCCAGAAAAGCCACCCCAAGGAUGGACCCAGAAAGAGAGAUGCUGAAGAGAGAAAUAGCCAGCAAGUCCAGCCAGAGCCUUCUGUUCUCUAACCCCGGUGGAAGGAACUAGAAACGUCGUCCCCCGGGCCUCACGUGAUCCUCCGUGAGUCAGUGCGACUCUUCUGCGUCAAAAUACUAAGAUGCUUUUUUAGGACUUUAAAGGUUGUUACCUAGUGCGUUGCUUCCUGGACUGGUAUUUUGCACAAUGCUGUAUUUUGGAGUGUGUGGGGAGAGGGGUUCUUUUCACAUCUUCCGAUGCCUGAGAAUGCAAAUAUACUCAGGCAUUGGAAGAAUAAGUUUGAAAUUCAGACUCCCGAGCCUGGUAGGUACGAUUAUGUGUCUGGGUUAUGAUGAACCCAGAUGUCACAGCUCCAAGGAGCUCCAAGAAACCCACAGUUGAGAAAACCCAGGGCAAAUACUGAGCUGAGAAAACCCAGGGCAAGAACCGGGGUCACAGGACAGAAUGGUAACCUCAGGGCUGUUGGGGCCAUGGUAUAUAGUGCACUGAUGUCUGAAUUUAUUAUAAUAAAUUUGAACACCAACCCUUUUUUUCGCUUCCAUAACAAGUCACUUUUACACGGCACUCUGCAGUUCUCAAAACACUUCUCAUCCAAUCCUCUACCGAGCCCUGGGAGGUAAAUAGGAUUAUGUUCCCCAUUUUACAGAUGAGGAAGCUGAGGCCCAGAGAGGUUAAAUGGCCCGUCUAAAGUCACACAGCUAGUAAAUUCAAGAGUUGGGUGUGGAACCCAGGUUUCUAACUCCAUCUCAUGCUGCCCAUUCUGCCACACCAAGGUAGCACAGUAGUUCAAGUCCCAGCCCAUCAGGACAGACCAAGUACCCAGUCACCAAAGAGCACACACUGCCCAGGUGGACACACUCCUCUUCGUGCUGUUUGGAGAGACCUUCAUUUUUGCCCUCUCUCCAGCCAGCUGUCCGCUCCCUGCCU